AUGUCCGGAUAUGAUCGCGCAUUGACGGUGUUCUCACCGGAUGGUCAUUUGUUCCAAGUCGAAUAUGCUUCCGAAGCCGUACGAAAGGGUACUUGCGCUGUCGGUAUUCGAGGCAAAGAUGUCGUUGUUCUCGGUGUUGAAAAGAAAUCGGUGCUCAAGUUGCAGGAUCCCAGAACCGUUCGCAAAAUCUGCAUGCUCGACGAUCACAUUUGCUUGGCAUUUGCAGGUCUUACUGCUGAUGCUCGUGUGUUGGUCAAUAAGGCGAGAACGGAAUGUCAGAGUCAUCGUUUGACAGUGGAAGAUCCCGCUUCUAUCGAAUACAUUACUCGCUAUAUCGCUCAAGUGCAACAGAAAUAUACGCAAAGUGGUGGUGUCCGUCCUUUCGGUAUCUCUACACUUAUUGUCGGUUUCGAUGAUAAAGUGCCAAAACUCUACAUGACCGAACCCUCUGGAAUAUACACAGCUUGGAAAGCCAACUCCAUUGGAAGAAGUUCCAAGACUGUGCGCGAGUUUUUGGAAAAGAAUUACAAGGACGACAUGGACGAAAAGGAAGCAGUAAAAUUGACCGUCAAAUCAUUGCUUGAAGUGGUACAGACAGGUGCCAAGAAUAUCGAAAUUGCCGUGAUGACUUCGGACAGCAAAGUCAAGGUAAAGUUUUACAAGAGAGGGCAUCAUACGGGCGACCAAAUAAACUAA